AUGGGGACGUUUUUACUCAGGAUAGACCAGAUGGAGGGGUUUUUAUCCUCCGAACAGGAGGAAAACCGGACCAGCAGCCGAAUUGAGGUUAGCCAAGGGACCUCCGCCCCACAAGAACUCGAGCCGCAGUCGCAGGGUACUACCGCGAGCUCCGUGGUCGACCCAAACACGCCGGUGGUGUCGUUUCUGGGGGAGCAGCAGCAGUAUCUGAUGUCUUCGCGACAGAAUUCCCCGCGAAACAGCGCGGCGACCGCCGUGGCUGGAGAAGGAGAUGCUGGAAGUGAAUCCGUUAGGGGACUACAGAAGAGCGGUGCGACUGAAAUAAAAUCCUCCGUCGCCACUGUUUUACCGGCAGGAAGAACGAACACGACUAUUGCAAGAACCAAGGUGAUUCCUAAUACUGUCAUCCUCCAAGAAGAUGACUACACUAACGGUCGCGUUUCAGCAGCAGCAGCAGGAACCUCAAAUGACCUCCGUCGUUUGACGCUGAUGAGCACGGAGACGCCUUUCCAAAGCAAGGCGGACGAGACCGCGGCAGCACAGGCGUCGGCCAACACUGUCGCGUUGGUGCAGGACAUCUGGACGCCGGCUGACGCAGUCAUCAACGGAGAACUAGAGGAGAAGAAGCUGGAACUGACGAGAAGCGCUGUUUUGCAGCAGUUGCGGGAUCUGCAACAGAAAAAGAUCGUAAACGACGAAAAAGUGAUUUCCGACGUGAAAGCGCGCAUCGCGAUCCCAUCUGAAGCUGUCGAGCCGCACAUGAUUUUUCAGGACGGGAUGCGGUUGACCUACAUUCACCCAGAAACGGGGGAGAAAUUGAGAAGGCCGGCGAGUCCCGAGCGGAAAAUCCGAGAUAGGGAUGGAGACAGGAAAUGGAUCAAAUUCGAAGAAGAUUACAGCAUCCAAAUCACCGCGAACUACAACAAUUGCAAUGAGGAGUUGUUUGUUGACGGGAAAAAACGGACGGUUUCCAUCCCGGGCGCCUGCUUCUUGCCGAAAAAGGCGCCGAGGAUCAAUUCCCGGCUGUUCACGUUCCGAAGGGAUAUGCUUUUGCCAACCUGGGUGAACCAAUUCUCGGUUUUGUGGGAAAAGCGGAGAAAAUCUUUGGCACACUUGGAGGAGAUGUUGGACGCGUUGGAACUGGCCCCGGAGGUGUUGCAGCGGGCGUCGAACUUCCACGCGAACACCAGCAAAGUGAAUUACACGGACCUAGAUUUCGCCAAAUUACCGCUGCAACACAGCAACCACAGAGAUGAAAAGGAGGGACGGUUGUUGGAUAGGAGAUGAAAAAAAGGAUGGCGACGCCGGCGGGGACGACGGUGGUGGCGAGUGAAGUCAAUGCGCCAAAGGACGAUAUUGGAAGAAUUUCGUCUUACAUUUGCCCGGGUUCCAGAGCUUGUGCCAGGGAGACAUAGUGGCGCAUGCAG